UCAGGCAGCAGAGGCCAGAAGACCAAGAGACCCUCAUCGACACGGAGAAGGCCUCCACAGAAGCCUGGGACUCCCCUCACAAGAUACGUACAGGAGGAGCAGGCUGACAGGGUGCAGGCAGGCCAGCUGCCCCAGUCAGAGGCAGCAGCAGCCAUGGCCACAAAGGACCAGACCCCACCGAGAGGAAGAGAGAUGAAGGACCCCGAAGCUACCCAUCCUGAUUGGUCAUCAAGCCCAGAUGCUGGGUCUCAGAGUUCGACCGAUGACAGCCUGCUACCCCUGACACCUCGGCAGCUGGCAGCCUUCCAGGAUAUCUUCAAACUGUUCAGUUGCAGCCCAACAGGCACUGUGGACAUGCACAGCCUGAAAGUGGCUCUGCGCAAUGUGGGUAUCCAGCUGGGCCCCCAGGAGAUGUGUGAGGCUCUUCGGCUGGCUGACUUAGAUGGUGACGGAAUUGUAAGCUUCAAGGACUUCCUAGGUGUCCUCACUGACAACCACCGCCUGGCACAGUGCAUGGGCCAAAUGAAGGGCAACCGGACCUGUGACUCCGCGGGCCUGCAGACCCUCUUCCUCGAGGUGCUAUUCAAACUGCUCAGUCAGGGCUUAGUGCCCUUCAAAUCGAGGCAGGAGGUGAUAAGUUACUAUUUCAAGAAGCAGCGGGCUCUGCGGCUGAGCCAGUGCGGUAGUCGCCGGGCGCGCGGCCAGGGUCGGUCUGCGCGUACGCACACUGGCCUCAACUUCUUCUGCCAGGCGGCGCGCAUCGGCGGCCUCUCCAGCUCCCAGCUGGCACGCUCCCUGCACACACUGUACAGAACGGGUGGGCGCAGCCCCUAUGCUCAGAUUCCCAACCUGACUGGGCGCCCGAGGCCAGAACGCAGGAUCUCGAACCGAGCCCCAGGUCCAGAUGUCCGCCUCCCCAAACCCCAACAGCCAGGCCGUCCCAAGCUCCCUUCCAACCUGGGGCCACUCAGCAAAGGUCCCCUCCGCCCUCCCUCCGGAAUAAUGAGCCAGCCGCUGGAGCAAAUGCGCCCCUCGAAGCUGGUUUCCUCCCCGCCAACUCUAGUGCAGAAGCACCCCGCCUCCCCUUCACCAGGCUAUUUCCAGAGACCUGCUAUGAAGAGCUUGUACAAGUAAUGCGUUUGCUGAGCGAAACUGGCUGCGCCUGGACCAGCUCAGGCACCGAGCGGACGCGAGUCUUUUGCAAACAUCUUUAUUAAUCUAGUAUAAAAAUAAGGUCCAAGGAGAGUCCUCUGGGCGGCGGUGAGGUCCACUUUAUAAGUUAUAGGCCAGGCUCCCGCUCAGACUAAGUAUGGCUA